AUGAAGGUCACCAUCAAGGAAUGGAACUCGGUCGCUACCUGGCGAUGGGAUAUCCCCGAGGACGACGUCUGCGGCAUCUGCCAGGUCCACUUUGACGGGACGUGUCCAACUUGCAAAUACCCGGGCGACGACUGCAGUCUGCUUUCGGGCAAAUGCGGCCACAACUUUCACAUGCAUUGCAUCAUGGAAUGGAUCAAGCAAGACUCGGCUCGCGGUCAAUGUCCCAUGUGUCGCCAGCCUUUUGAAUGGGUUGAUCAGGCCAACGAAGCUUCUGCAUCUGCUGUGGAGUGA